UCACUACCUUUAGUCCCUCUCAGUUCAACACUACAUUCCAGAUGUUAGGUUCUUCAUCCAUUAGCACAACAGCCCUUCAGAUAACACCCGACACCCUUAACGAUGCCUUCAGCCUCUUAAACAAGUCCGGCCGUGUCAUGCUCCCCCAAUCCUUCAAGCUCUGGGAAGUUUCUUCCAGCAAAAACUCGACAAUGGAAUCGGACAUUUUGGCCUCCUUCAACUCAACCUUCCUCAUAAACAUCUACCGACCACCUAAUGGGUCCGUCGGAGAAGGCUUCGCUUUCGUCAUAGCUCCAGAUCUAAACAUCCCUUCUUCGAGCUAUGGCCAGUGGCUGGGCUUAACCAACGCCACCCUCGAUAACAACCCAUCCAACAAAAUCGUCGCCAUUGAGCUUGAUACGGUGAAGCAAGACUUCGACCCAGAUGACAAUCACUUGGGUCUGGACAUCAACAGUGUCGUUUCAAACGCGACGGUGUCGCUUUCCAAGUUUGGGAUCGAGAUUUCACCGGAGAUUCCCACGAACUACACCGUGUGGGUCCAAUACGACGGAAGGGCUAAACUGAUGGAGGUAUACAUGGCCGCCGGAGAUUCCAACAAGCCGAGCAACCCGAUUCUGAGUGAGAAGAUAAAUCUCAAGAAUUAUGUGAAUCAGUACUCGUACAUGGGGUUCUCGGCGUCGACGGGUGAGAAGGCGCAGCUGAACUGCGUGCUCAAAUGGGAUCUAUCGGUGGAGGGGUUCCCUGAAAAGAGAAAUCUAACUUGGUUGAAGAUCUUAUUCGGGGUCGGAGUGCCGGUUUUGGCAUCGUUGGGGGUUGCAAUUUUCGUGCUGGUUCGGUAUUGGAAGAAGAGGAGGGUUGUGAACGACCCAACCAUUUUAGGGGCUCUGAAGAGCCUGCCAGGAACGCCAAGGGAGUUCAGCUUUAAGGAACUGAAGAAGGCUACCAACAACUUCGACGAGAAGAUGAAGCUUGGGCAGGGUGGAUACGGUGUGGUUUACAAGGGGUUACUCCCGCAGGAAAAUACUGAAAUUGCAGUCAAGAAAUUCUCCAGGGAUAAUAUGCAAGGGAUCGAUGAUUUCCUGUGUGAGCUCACCAUCAUUAAUCGCCUCCGGCAUAAACAUCUCGUCCGAUUAGUCGGUUGGUGCCACAAAAAAAGCUUGCUUCUAUUGGUGUACGAGUACAUGCCAAAUGGAAGCCUUGACAAUCAUCUAUUUGGUGGGCCUGAGAAAACACUGAAUUGGGAUCAUCGAUACAAGAUCAUAGCCGGUGUGGCAUCGGCCCUACACUAUCUUCACGACGAGUACGACCAGCGAGUCAUCCACCGUGACCUCAAGGCCAGCAACGUCAUGCUCGACACCCACUUCAACGCCCGGUUGGGCGAUUUCGGUCUGGCUCGUGCCCUGGACAACGAGAAGACUUCCUACGCCGAGAUAGAAGGGAUCCCAGGCACCCCUGGCUACAUGGCACCGGAAUGCUUCCACACUAGCAAAGCCACCACCGAAUCAGACGUCUAUGGGUUCGGCGCCGUCGUACUCGAGGUGGUGUGCGGUCUGCGUCCCUGGAAUAAAAUCGCCGGCUUCGGAUCCCUAGUGGACUGGGUCUGGAUUCUUUACCGUGAGGGACGUAUUCUGGAGGCCGUCGAUCAGAGGCUAAUGGAUGAAUACGAUUCAGAUCGAGCCCAGCGGCUCUUGCUCCUUGGACUCGCUUGUUGCCAUCCCAUCGCGGCUGAAAGGCCCAAAACACCAAAAAUCGUUCAGAUCAUCUCCGGAUCCAUUCCCCCACCUGACGUGCCUUACAUGAAACCUGCCUUUGUGUGGCCGGCCAUUGGCUUCAACAUCGAUGGCUUGACCACCGAUACGCAGGACACCACUCCCAUGACCUGCUCUUCCUAUUAUUAUGGGUCUGAGACGUCGGAGUGGACUCCACGCUGCGAGAGCCGUGAGAACUUGGCAGGGUAUUCUGACAUAUCCUUGGUUUGAUCAUGAUCAUCAUCG